UAAACAGCCAAACCCUGCUAUAAAUUCCCCUCGCCUCCCCUCCUCGCCCCUCUCGCAGCCGCCGCCGUCCUCCUCGAAGCCCCCUGCCACCGGAGAUCUCCAGGCUUCUCCCUUCGCCGCCCGCUCGGAGAUCUCCCGGCCUCCUCCGCCAUCAUGGGGAAGACACGUGGUAUGGGAGCUGGGCGCAAGCUCAAGACCCACCGCAGGAACCAGAGGUGGGCUGACAAGGCAUACAAGAAGAGCCACUUGGGCAAUGAGUGGAAGAAGCCUUUUGCUGGAUCAUCUCAUGCCAAGGGUAUUGUGUUGGAGAAGAUUGGUAUUGAAGCCAAGCAGCCUAACUCUGCCAUCCGUAAGUGUGCUCGUGUUCAGCUGGUGAAGAACGGCAAGAAGAUUGCUGCCUUUGUGCCAAAUGAUGGUUGCCUUAACUUCAUUGAGGAAAAUGAUGAGGUGCUGAUUGCUGGAUUUGGUCGUAAGGGUCACGCUGUGGGAGAUAUUCCUGGUGUCAGGUUCAAGGUUGUCAAGGUAUCUGGUGUGUCCCUGCUCGCGCUCUUCAAAGAGAAGAAGGAGAAGCCCAGGUCUUAGAUGAUUUUUGAUAGACAAGGAUGGAGUGGACUGUCAAGGCUCUGGACGUUAAGGAAAAAUCACUUGCUAUGUUUACAAUGUUCCAUAUAACUUGAAGUUGUAUUAGCGAGAAUUGUUCCUUCUCAGCGUUGCUUUCUUAUAACAGUUGCUACUAAGAGUUUUGUUUCUGUAAUUUGGAGAUAUUAAUAUUAUGUUCCUCUUCUGGCAAGAGAAUUCUCUCUCCUGUGCCAUGUUA